UUACUUCUUGGUUGGACAGAUAUCACAAAAUGUCGAAGUGUUGGGCGUAUCUACUUGUUGCUGUUUUGUGGGUUUGUUCUAGAAAAGACUCAGUGUCAGAUACACAUCGAAGAAAUGGGAUUUACAUCUACAGCUCAACAGAAGCCAACCAAACGAAUACGGGCCACCUGUGUGGUUCAACCACUAAAGACAGUUAUGAUACAACAACAGUUACAUGUGGCAAUACAGCCAGAUACAUCACUCUCUACCGGGAAAUACCAAACGGUGAAAGCACAAUGGACUUUUGUGAAGUAGAAGUGUACAUAUGUUAUCCUGGAACCUUCGGUGAUGAUUGCAAUCGGUUUUGUCACUGCCUGAAUGGAUCAUGUAAAUACUCAACUGGAGAGUGUACAGGAGGAUGUAAACCAAACUGGACUGGCACGAACUGUGAUGUUUGUGAUUCCAGUCACUAUGGUGACUUAUGCAGUAAAAAAUGUUCCAACAGACACUGUAAAGGCAGAUCAUCAUGUUACGGCAGUGGGGAAUGUACAUUUGGAUGUGAUCCAGGAUGGUGGACGGACGACUGUACGAGAACGUGCUAUUUUGGUGUUUAUGGAAGAAAUUGUGGAAAAUACUGUACGAGCCGGAAGUGUUUGGAUAGUUUCAGUUCCUGUGAUCGCGUGACUGGGGAGUGUGUUGGUGGAUGUAAACGAGGAUAUCGGCCUGUGGAUUGUAUCAAUUAUUGUUAUGUUGGAACAUAUGGGUACAACUGCAACGCGUCAUGUGAUGAUCGACACUGCAGUAGUAAUGUUACUAAUCAAGACUGUAACAGAUUCUUUGGUAACUGUACUCAGGGAUGUCUGAGUGGCUGGGAAUUGCCAGAUUGUGCAGUUCGUGCUCUGUUUCAGUCAGCUUGUUAACUAGUGACAUGUUGAUUGAAAACGCAAGCAUGAGUCUUGCACAAACACCUAACAAUAGCACUUGCUUUCUUGUGCUGCGUCUGUCCUUUGCUCUACACUUUCAAGCCUUGGGUCUACUGUAAGCUGGUAUUCAGUCUUGGUGUUUCUGUCUUGGUGUUUCAGUCUUGGUGUUUCUGUCCAACUCCUAGUUAUAUAAUCUUCAGCAUAAAUACUGAGGGCUCUUGUUCUCAGUAUGGCACACCCACCACAUUCCAACCUAGCGAACAUGAAGCCGGACGUAUCUACGUGCUCUGUCGAUUUAACCCCCCUUAUUUCAAGUUAUGGAAUGCUGUUGGAGUACCGAUUCGCGUGCACCGGGCCACUGGCAACAAUGACCUUCGUGUACGUUUAGCCAGCUCCGAAGAAAGAAAGAAAUAGAAGACUGCGGAAGAGGAAACCUGCGCCAGAGGUGACACGGGGGCUGGGAGACCGGCAGCUCAACUGCCGCAGCGGCUCCGUCUCCAGAUAAAAAAACAAUUUUUUUUUUCAAAACAAGAACUUUCUAUCCACUGCCGGAUAGCGAAGUGGAAGUAUGAAUUCAAUCACUCUUGAAGGAAUUUGUCUGACGAGGCGCCAUGAUGGUAUUUAUAGCCAAGGUCGCCUCAUGGCAGAGAUGGAUAACUCAUCAAUAUAUCGGACGGUCAAGAUGAUCUUUGAGAAGGAGUACCCCCACGUCAAUGGGCAGCUUAGUACACUAUACCUCCGGAUCUCGCUCCUGGAGCUUUCCUGACGUCGCCGUAGCACCAACUCUUCCACGAACCUUCGACUCCAGGUAAGGGCUUAGUCGGACUUUAAAUAUGUUCGGCUACUGUUCCAAAAAUUAUCUUUAUUAUAUAUAUAUAGUCCGACGCACAUUAUUUUGGCAGCCCGUCUAAAUAGCUCAAAUCACCAGAAUGUUUUUUUGGCCAAGCACUCAAAGUUUAUUUUUGGACUCAACUUUUUCCAGACAUGAGUAGAGUAUAUUCUCUUUUGGUCUUAGGUCUCUCUGAUCUUAUUCUAAAUUUUAAUGCAAAUUCCGCCGACUUCAAACUUACUACCCCCUCCUGUCCCGGACUUAGUCACUGGCGAAGUCAGAUAUUAAGCCCGUGAUGGUCUUGCUUGAAAACGUAGUGUUAUAGGAGCACGUUAAACGAAUUCGGUUCGGUUCUCGGUGUGGAAAUGAUAUUGUCGGUAUUGGUGUGAUGGUGGAUUCUUAGAUGAUUUCUAAGGUUAGUUAUUUGUAUUUGUUAUUUGUAGUAUUCAUGUUUCUUAUCUAGAGUAUUUGUUUACACGCAGGUUCUAAAUGUAAAUUACUACUUAUAGAUUAAGUCCAUACAUCAUAUUAUAAUAUAUUAGUACGUAAAAUGUAAAUUACUACUUAUAGAUUAAGUCCAUACAUCAUAUUAUAACA